UUGCUUCACCCACCCUCUUUAUGUAAAGCGAAUAGAUUGUCGUUAUGCUAUGAUAAACUUUAAAUUAUGGCUAAGCAAUAGCACUUAUUUCCUCUGUCAGUAGCACCAAAUAUCAUUAAGGUGGGCUAAAGAACUGAAGCUGUCAUGGGCAAUUGCUGUGGUUCUGAGCCGAGUGAAAAUAAAAGAGAAGUUCCUGGUCAGUCUACGGCUUUGUCUGCAACGCAGCCGACUCCAAGUAACCCUGACUUAAAUAAUGCACCUCAAAAUACGCUUAUGACAGCGAGUAAUUCACAUACAGUUACGGUAUUUGUGGCGCUCUUUGACUACGCAGCAAGGACUACAGAAGAUUUAAAUUUUUCGAAAGGUGAAAGGCUUCAAGUGAUUGAUAAUAGCGAUGGCGACUGGUGGUUUGCUCGUUCGUUAAAGACUGGUCGUGAAGGCUAUAUUCCUUGUAACUAUGUCGCAGCUGAGAGAAGUUUAGAUGCCGAAGAAUGGUAUUUUGGCAAAAUAAGAAGGGCAGAUGCUGAAAAGAAGUUACUUGCUGAUUGUAAUAAGACUGGAACAUUUCUGGUUCGUGACUCUGAGACAUCCCAUGGAAACUACUCUUUAUCAGUACGUGAAGGGGAUGUGGUUAAGCAUUAUCGUAUAAGACGACUUGAUGGUGGAGGAUUCUACAUUACAAGUCGCUCACCAUAUGCCAACCUUCAUGAGCUGGUAGCACAUUAUUCAAGAGAGGCAGAUGGGCUGUGUUGUAUGCUCAUCAAUCCAUGCCCUGCCACAGAAAAACCAGAUACAGCUGGUCUUGCCUAUAGCACCAAGGACUCUUGGGAAAUUCCUAGGAGCUCACUUCACCUACGGCAAAAACUUGGUCAAGGUAUGUUUGGAGAAGUUUGGGCAGGAACAUGGAAUGGCACUACAUCAGUUGCCAUAAAAACAUUAAAACCUGGCUCAAUGCAACCUAAGGCUUUUCUCGCAGAAGCCCAAAUCAUGAAGAAAUUAAGGCAUCCUCAUCUUAUCCAGCUAUAUGCUGUGUGUACGGAAACAGAACCAAUCUAUAUUGUCACUGAGUUAAUGAAGCAUGGUAGUUUGUUGGAUUACCUCCUUAAGGGAGAUGGAAAGAACUUAAGACUUCCAGUUUUAAUAGAUAUGGCUUCACAGAUUGCUGAUGGCAUGCAGUAUUUAGAAAAACAAAAUUAUAUUCACCGAGAUCUUGCUGCUAGAAAUAUUUUAGUUGGGGAUGCCUACACGUGUAAGGUUGCUGAUUUUGGUCUUGCGAGACUUGUUAUAAACGACGAAUAUAACCCUCAAGAAGGUGCGAAAUUUCCCAUUAAAUGGACGGCACCAGAAGCAGCUUUAUAUAAUCGUUUUACAAUUAAGUCAGACGUUUGGUCGUUUGGUAUUCUUCUCACAGAGCUUGUAUCCCAUGGUCGUAUACCUUACCCAGGAUUGACAAACGCCCAAACCCUUGCCAAAGUAGAGCGAGGUUACAGAAUGCCGUGCCCUCCAAGUUGUCCCGACUCUCUUUAUCAAAUAAUGCUCGAUUGUUGGAAAGCGAAUGCCCAAGAAAGACCAACUUUCGAGUAUCUUCAUUCAGUUCUUUCAGAUUUCUUCGUUUCAACGGAACCAAGCUACAGAGAUCUAACCUAGAUAAGUUGCCUCGAUGUUUUCAAAGAACUUCUCUCCUCUGUUACUCGAGUGUUUGCAUAUCUGUGUUUGCAAUACAGUGACAUGUAAGUGUUUUCAUCCUAAACUCCUCGCUUGCUAAGUAGAAAAAUAGUGAUUACAGCGUUAUUGGUAGACAACACUACCAUUCCCCAAACAAGCUUGAAGUAAAUUUAAUGGUUUGGCCUAGCGUUGUUGAAUUUUCAGUACUUAUAUUUUACUAAGGGAGCACAUCAUCGAACAUUGGUUAUGUUUUUUUUACCACAGUUACUUUGAAAAUUGUUUGCAAAAAAACUCAUUGGAGAGGCAAAAUCUGAUGUUUUAUAAUCAAUGUUCCUUCCCUUCUAAAUCUUCCUAAUUCGAGGUAUAAAUGUAUUAUGUUACAUAAAGUAUAGGCCCCUCGUGUCAUAUAGAUUGCCGUUUACUUUUGCAUCGAUAACGGAAACUAUAAAGUUAGGAUUUGAUAAUAUUGUGCAUAUUUCCCUUUGUUUAUGUAUUAUUCUAACAUUUUAUAAAUUUAUGAAUAAAUGCUUUAGAUUUUAUUCUUUAA